UUCAACAGGAACCCAACUCCAAAAUGGCGAAUUCAAUAGCAAAUUUAUCUAGAAGUGUUUAUCGAUCUCUUCUCGCUAAACCCAAAACUCCUAAACUUUCAAUGCCCCUAUGCACCACUACCUUUUCUUCCUCGGCUGAAACUUCCGACUCCGGCUCCGACUCUGAUCCAUUUCCCAACUCAACGCCCUCUGAAUCUGCCAAGAACUCUCUCAAUCAGAGUCGUUUAUACGACCGCCCGCUUGAGAAUGGACUCGAUAUGGGCAUUUACAAGGCAAUUUUGGUUGGGCAGGUGGGCCAAACCCCAGUUCAGAAGAAGCUGAAGAAUGGUAUGGCGGUUACAAUGUUUUCUGUGGGGACAGGUGGGAUUCGAAACAACAGGAGGCCUCAUGAGAAUGAGGAACCUGCAGAGUAUGCUAAUCGCUGUGCUAUUCAGUGGCAUCGAGUUUGUGUUUACCAAGAGGGAUUGGGAGGUCUUGUCCUGAAGCAUGCUCUUCCUGGUACAAUUGUAUAUUUGGAGGGAAAUCUGGAGACAAAAAUCUUUGUUGAUCCUAUCAGUGGUCUGGUUCGACGAUUGAGAGAGGUUUCCAUUCGUCGAAAAGGUCGGAUUGUGUUUUUGGGAAAUGUCGAUAACGCCCAGGGACCGACUACUGGAGAAAUGAAAGGUGCUGGUUUUUACUAGAAAGAAUUAGUGGUAGUUGAAGAAAUGAAAUUUUGUUUGAGAUGGAAGAAUUGCUUUAACGUAGUUAUUUGGAGAAGCCGAGUUUA